UUAUCGAUUAUCAACUACAAACGUCAACAGAUUCAAAAGUCCGGGGAUACUAAACGACGUCAGGAAAGUAUGCGCGAUUCAGAGCGCUCGCAUCGAGAAAGUCGUGGUGUGCACCCGGAAGAGACGGAGUCCACACAUUCACUCCAGUCCAGACCCGAACCGGAAUCGGCAGAUGAAAGUCGUUUGCGUGGACUGAGCAGUUUGCUCAUGCCUCCCUCGGUUCGGAAAAAGUUGGAAGCCGUGGCCGCUGUGACACCACACGAGAAUGAAACCGAAGGACGUGAGGUCGCUGAGGCUGUGGCUCGAUACUAUCUACUGGAAACCACUCGUCAAGAACGUGCGAACACAGAAUUUCGGACAAUCUCAUCACCACGGGAUCGUACUGUCAGACAGAGUAUUGGUUCGUGGAAAAAUUAUGUGCCUAACGAAGAGCCUUUCACUGCACGAACAGAAAGACCAUUAAGUGGGGCCCAUUUGCGUGAAUUGUACAAAGUGGAACAAGAAAUGCACGACAUGUCGGAGGCGUUAUCCUCCCAUUCGAUUUCAGAAGCGACCAUUUCGGAAAUUAAUGAAUUGGAACGGAUUUAA